GUGUUUGUCGUUGUCACGUUGUUCCCUUUUUUCUGGGUUGAAUUUGAGAUGAGAUUUCGGAAGUGAUCCUCGUACAGUACACUUAGGAAUUCAAUUGCACCAAAUUUAGCUCUUAUUCAAUGCUUAAAACAUCACCCAUUGUGAGAGACUAAAAUGAGAAGAAUCUUACAUCAUUCAUGCCUAAACAGUGAAUAGAAUAUUUGCAGCAGUGAAACACAUCCUCCUCUGGUUAAUAGUAGUAGGCAAGCUACAAACUAAUUCAUUACUAUUCAGCCUAGAAUCUUCUUGUUCUCGGAGAACAGCUGAGCCUAGCUUUUAAAUUUUAGUGUCAUGGGGUUUCUAAGGUUUAUGAGAAGGAAUAAUUACCCCUUCAAGGACAAAACUCGAAAUAGAGCAUACGCAAUUCAGCAUAUGCAACACAGAGGCUUCUCAAAGGAUGGAGUUCUUAAUGGCAAUGAUGUGGUACAUCCAAUUCUGAUCAUUGGCGCAGGACCUGUGGGUCUUGUUCUCUCUAUUCUUCUCACAAAAUUAGGUAUUAAUUGCACAGUUUUGGAGAGAAACAAGGCAUUUUCAAAACAUCCACAAGCACAUUUCAUCAACAAUCGGUCCAUGGAGAUAUUCCGCAAAAUUGAUGGCCUUGUUGAAGAAAUUCAAAGGUCUCAACCACCAGUAGAUUUAUGGAGGAAAUUUAUAUAUUGUACUUCCCUCUCUGGUUCAAUUCUUGGAUCUGUAGAUCACAUACAACCUCAAGAUCUUGAGCAAGUUGUCAGCCCAGUCUCUGUUGCACACUUCUCACAGUACAAGCUGACUAUGUUACUACUCAAGCAACUUGAAAAUCUAGGCUUUCAAACAUGUGCACCUGAAAGCUUGGGAGGAAAGGAACAGUCUUGUGAUAAAAAGAUAAUGAUGGGCCAUGAGUGUGUAGCCAUUGAUUCCAGCAAUGACUUUGUAACAGUGACUGCAUCUUCUAUCAUUAAAGGGAAGCGUGUAGAACAGAACAUUCACUGUAACAUCCUUAUUGGUACAGAUGGUGCAGCAAGUACUGUAAGAAAGCUUGUAGGAAUAGAAAUGAGAGGUGAGAAGGACUUGCAAAAACUUGUCAGUAUCCAUUUCUUUAGUAGAGACCUUGGACAGUUUUUGCUUAAGGAGAAUCCUGGUAUGCUUUUUUUUAUCUUCAAUACUGAAGCUAUUGGGGUCCUUGUUGCUCAUGAUCUCAGGCAAGGGGAAUUUGUAUUUCAGAUACCCUUUUAUCCACCUCAGCAAACAAUUGAGGAUUUCAGUCCAAAGGCAUGUAAGAAAUUAAUCAGCAAACUUGUUGGUCGAGAGUUUGGAGAUGUAAAUGUAAUUGAUAUAAAGCCAUGGAUUAUGCAUGCUGAAGUAGCCGAGAGGUUUAUAUGUAGUGGCAACCGAAUAUUACUUGCUGGUGAUGCUGCUCAUCGUUUUCCUCCUGCUGGUGGAUUUGGAAUGAAUACUGGCAUUCAGGAUGCCCAUAAUCUUGCCUGGAAAAUUGCUUCUGUGAUUAAGGGUAUUGCCCCAUCUUCGAUGCUAAAUACCUAUGAAAUCGAACGUAAACCGAUUGCUUUAUUCAAUACAAGAUUAAGUCUAGAAAACUAUAAAGCUGCCAUGUCUGUUCCUGCUGCACUUGGUCUUGAUCCAACUAUUGCAAACACAGUACAUCAAUUUAUUAUUAAUGGGAUUGGUUCCAUCUUACCAUCCGGAUUGCAGAAGGUAGCUUUGGACGGAAUUUUUGGUAUAGGACGUGCACAGGUCUCAGAAUUUGUCCUAAAUGAAAGCAACCCUCUUGGAUCCUCAAGGUUGGCUAAGCUAAGACGUAUAUUGGAAGAAGGAAAAAGCCUUCAACUUCAGUUCCCUGCAGAAGAUCUUGGUUUUAGGUACCUACAAGGAGCACUUGUGCCAGAGAGUUAUAAUGUUGAGAGUCCUCCAGAAGUAUUAACAGGGCGUAGGAGGGACUACACCCCUUCGGCACAGUCAGGAUCAAGAUUGCCUCAUAUGUUUGUGAGAGUAAACCCAUUAAGUGAGGAGACUGUUUCUACACUUGAUCUUGUGUCAGGAGAUACAGUUGAGUUCAUUCUCAUCAUAGCACCUGUGGAGGAAUCUUAUCGUCUAGCCUGUGAAGCAUUCAAGGUGGCUGAGGAACUAGAAAUUUCUCUCAAAGUGUGUAUUUUUUGGUCUACUGAUUCUGCUGAAGGACUUGAGGAAGGAAGUAAAGCAGCACUAUCUCCUUGGAAGAAUUAUACAGAUGUUGUUGAAGUUCGGUCAUCAACUUCAAAUUGGUGGGGUAUGUGUAACAUCACAAACAGAGGGGCUAUUUUAGUUAGACCUGAUGAACAUAUUGCCUGGAGUACAAGUUCAGGAGUUGCUGGGGAUCCUAGAGUGGAAAUGCAAAGGGUUUUUUCUGCUAUAUUGGGAGUACACCGUUAUAAUAAAUAAAUAUACAGAUCAUUUUGUAUUGAUUCUUACAAGAAUAUUCCUGGCGUACAAGUUCAGGAUUUGCUGGGGAUCCUAGAGUGGAAUGCUUUUGCUAUACUGGGUGUACACUCAAAAUAAACAAAAUACACACAUGAUUUGUAUUGAUUCUUUGAAGAAAAUUUAUAUUUGUCUUUUUAAA